GCACGCAUUGGUACAUUUAUUAUUAAGAUUUAAGAAAUCACUUAUUACACAGAGAAGAAAAAGAAAUGACGAAAAAGCCCUCGUCUCUUAGAAGGAAAGGAGGAUAGCCAAAGCGAAACAUUGCCAUAUAAAAACAAAAACGUAAGGAAAAGUUUUCUCUUUUUUUUUUCUGAAUUGGUGCUGAGCAUAGCUUCCAUCCAUUUUUGUUCCUUUUAAUUCCAAAAUAAAGAAAAAAAAAAGGACUAAAAUUUGGACGAUAAUCAGAAACGAGAGAGGAAGGCCUCUCGCCCUCUUAUUAAAAACCUUGCCUUUGUCCAAAUCUGAAGAUUUCUCAAUCCAAAAUCUUAUUUUUUUUUUUUGGUUCCUCUUUCUCCGUUUCUUUAUUUUCGGAAUCCAAGAUCGUUGGGUCGAUCGGUUUUUACACAAUCCGAUCACGACCCAUCUGCUCUUUUUCAUUGCUUCCCUUGAGAAAUGGAAAUGGAAUCAUGUAAGCUCUUCAUCGGUGGUAUAUCUUGGGAAACCAGUGAAGAUCGUCUUCGUGAGUAUUUUCACAGUUUUGGUGAGGUUCUAGAGGCUGUUAUUAUGAAGGAUCGUGCCACUGGUCGUGCUCGUGGCUUUGGUUUCGUUGUCUUUGCUGAUCCUAUUGUUGCUGAGCGAGUCGUCUUGCUUAAACAUAUCAUUGAUGGUAAAAUUGUUGAGGCAAAGAAGGCUGUUCCAAGAGAUGAUCACGCAGUUUUUAACAAAAGUAACAGCAGCCUUCAGGGAUCACCUGGCCCUUCAACCACCAAGAAGAUCUUUGUGGGAGGUUUGGCUUCAUCCGUCACAGAGGCUGAGUUCAAAAAGUAUUUUGCUCAGUUUGGAAUGAUCACUGAUGUUGUGGUGAUGUAUGACCACAGGACCCAACGGCCGAGAGGCUUUGGGUUCAUCUCAUAUGACUCUGAGGACGCUGUUGACAAAGUGCUGCAGAAGACAUUCCACGAACUCAAUGGUAAGAUGGUGGAGGUCAAACUAGCUGUUCCUAAGGAAAUGGCUCUCAACACAAUGCGGAACCAAAUGAAUGUAAAUAGCUUUGGCAGUAGUAGAAUCAGUACAUUGCUGAACGAGUACACCCAAGGAUUCAGCCCGAGUCCAAUCUCUGGCUAUGGAGUAAAACCUGAAGUUAGGUACAGUCCAGCAGUAGGUAAUAGGGGCGGAUUCUCACCGUUUGGGCAUGGAUACGGAAUCGAGCUGAAUUUUGAGCCAAACCAGACUCAGAACUACGGUUCUGGUUCCAGCGGAGGCUUUGGACGACCUUUUAGCCCUGGGUAUGCUGCGAGUCUCGGCAGAUACGGUAGCCAGAUGGAAACGGGAGGAGCUAGUGUUGGGAACAGUUCUGUGCUAAAUGCAGCAACAAAGAACCAUUUAUGGGGAAAUGGUGGUCUAGGUUACAUGUCAAACUCUCCGAUAUCAAGAAGCAGCUUCAGUGGAAACUCUGGAACGUCUUCACUAGGCAGCAUUGGUGACAACUGGGGAACAGCUGCACGUGGACGUAGUAGCUACCACGGUGAGAGAGGAGGUGUAGGAUUAGAAGCAAUGAGAGGAGUUCAUGUUGGUGGUUACAGCAGUGGCUCAAGCAGCAUGGAGGCAGACUCUCUGUACAGCGACUCAAUGUGGCUUUCUCUGCCUGCAAAGGCAGAGGAAGGAUUGGGAAUGGGAGCAUUGGACUUCAUGUCUAGAGGACCAGCUGGAUACAUGAACAGGCAACCAAACGGAGGAAUUGCAGCUUAGAGAAGUGAGAAAUCCAUACCAUGGAGAUCAGAUGAUUGCAGAAGAGAGUUUUUAGAAGAGGAAAAAAGUUACUUUAAAAAAAUAUAUAUAUAUUGGUACCAAAAAGCUUAAAGCUUUCUUUACUCUUUUUUUUUUACUAUUUUGAUUUGUUGUUAUAGCUUUCUUUUCACCCUUUUUUUCUAAUUUGGGGUUUUGUUUCUUUUUUAUCUUAAAGAAAAAGAUGUAAACUUGAGUGAUAUAAAAAGAGACAGAGAAACAAUGAAGUGUAUUUUGUUCUUGUC